GUGGCGCUUGACGGUCACCUGCAGCCGAAUUACCACAACAUCACAUUUCAAUACACAUUCUUCAUAAUGGUCGGGUCACUCCUGAGCUACCUUGGCUUUGGCGGCUCAGCCGCCGCACAGGCUCCACCGGAGAACCAGCCUGUACGGGCCCUCCCUGCCAACUGGUAUACCUCUGAAGAGAUGUACCAACUUGAGCGACGCGCUAUUUUCACCAGAAGAUGGCUCAUUCUUACCCACAAAUCGAGACUCGCGAACCCUGGCGACUUCCUUCGCUACAACGUCGCCAACUACGACAUCGUCGUCUCCAAGGACCGGUCCGGUGAGAUCAACGCAUUCCACAACGUAUGCAGACACCGCGCAUAUCCCGUCGUCGAGAAGGAUGGAGGUAAUGCCAAGAUCUUCUCCUGCAAGUACCACGGCUGGUCAUAUGGCCUCAACGGCAAGCUCGCGAAGGCGCCGGGAUACCAAGAGCUCCAAAACUUUGAGAAGGCCAAGAACGGUCUCUUCCCCAUUCACACACGUAUCGACCGCAACGGCUUUGUCUGGAUCAACAUGGAUGCGAAGAAGGAGCCCGAAGUAUCGUGGGAGUCACAGUUCGACCACGUCGAUGAACAGGCACGCUUCGGUCAAUUCAACUUUGACGACUACGAGUUUGACCACACCUGGAACCUCGACGGGCCAUUUAACUGGAAGAUUCUCGCAGACAACUUCAACGAGUGCUACCACUGCAAGAGCACACACCCCGAUCUCACAACAGGUUUGAUCGACCUCGAGAGCUACGACGUCUACUGCUCAGCCGACCACAUCCAGCACGACCCCAAGACCCCUCAAGACCGCAAGGACCUCGGCCAAGAGAUCUGCUCCACAUAUUGCUUCCCCAACGCCUCCUUCACCGUCACAAAACACUUCCUCUUCAUGCAGAAGUUCAUGCCCAAGUCACCUACCGAGUCAGUCAUGUACUACGAGGUCUGGCGCAACAAGCACUCAAAGGAAGAGGACUUUCUCCUCAUCAGCGACACCUACAAGCGCGUCAUGGGCGAGGACAAGGUUCUAUGUGAGCGUGCACAGAAGAACAUCGAGGCUGGCAUCUUCGUCAACGGCGAGCUUCACCCACACAUGGAGAAGGGUCCCCUCUUCUUCCAGAAGCGAUGUCGUGAGAUUGUCAUGGAGCACGGCGCGAAGGAGAAGAAGGCCGGUCAGAAGAUCUGGCCUGCUAAGCAGCAACUCGAGCCUACUGGUACCUCAGCCAUCAGCAAAGAAAUGGAAGACUUCUGCGAGGGUCUUGCCUGUGGCAAUGACAACGAGAAGAGCGAUCUUGCUUGGUAAGCAGAGACUUGACUGUCACGAUUCAUGAUGCAUGGCCUUGGUGUUUGGGUGUUAUGAGUACUGGAGGCUUUGAACUCGUACUUUGGGGUUUGUUGUUUGACAACAUUCUUUGUUAUGACUCUUAGCGAUGAUUUCCAUAGCGCAUAUAUUCCUUCCCUUUCUCUAUGUAGAAUCCAUCUUUAUGUCUUUACGACACAUUGUCUUUGGCUCUUUUAGUGACACGCAUUUGUGGGUAUGGGUUUGACCCUGUCUGCUUCUUCCUUUAGCAUGACGUAUCAGUAUCCCAAUCUUUCUUCCUCAGAUGAGCACAUCCGCGCGUCGUCGCAGUACGAGAUCUGCACCGCCGUUAACGGACUUUUGAUAUCGCACGGUGUUUCGGUCCUAAUUGGGAAAGAUUGUGCGCCGUCCAAUCAGAUGCAGU